CCACCCUCAGCUCCGGUAUGCAUAUGCAUCCUCUUUACUUACCAAUCAUUCAGCCUUGUCAUCACACGAACGCCCCAAGAUGAGAUUAGCAGAAACGCAUGUUGCCUGAGGAGGGGUCGUGAGGCGGUGCAAGGCUAUCUAUCCGAUCGCGAGAAUGUAAAGGAGCUGACCCACCCUUCAUGCUCCACGUCGCUGGUCCUUCAUUCGAAUAGUUGUUCGCACAACUACCAGCGGAUUUCUGCUGGUGAUUCUGUCGCGACAUGGCAGAAGUACUUGGUAUUAUUACUGCUGCAUUUACGAUUGGUGAGGUUGCAGCACAACUCUCCAUCAAGCUAUACACGAUUGCCCAGACCCUACACCACGCUCGCCAUGAGGUUGCCGAAAUCGCUGCAGAGGUCUCGUCCAUCUCGGCUAGUCUGUUGGUACUCGGAGAAGUGCUUCGAUCCCAGGAACAUUUGUGCAGACCGGAGUUGUACCUCUUCUUGACGACAAACCUGAAGCGUUUCCAACAAGCUGAGGCUGAUAUUUUGGAGCUUACCGACUUUAAGGAACCGUCGAUAUUGAAGCGCAUCAAAUAUUCCAUGAGUAGAUCCAAGCUCACGGCACUGAUCAGGAGGAUUGAUGGUAUCAAAACCUCUUUGACACUAGGCCUCAGCAUACUUCGUUUAGCGAAACAGGAGCUGGAUAAGGCGGACCCAGAGAAAAAAACUACAAAAGUCCAUGAUCAAACCAAAGUCCCAGAACCGAACUUUCGAAAGCUCGCCGAGAGUGUUGUGGCAUCAAAUAGGCAGGCUGUAGUAGAUGCAACACGAGAAGAGGAAUUUUUACCCGCCGAAGAACGCACACAAGACGAAGCUCAUGCCGUGAUAAGGCGUGAAGAUCCAGUCGAGAAUGCGAAGUGGCUCUACAGUCUUAUAUUUCAGCCGAAGGCUGAUUCCGGGCGCUCCAGUCCAUGGAUACCUAUUGAACCUCACCAAGCUUCGGUGGAGGAUGACUACGAUACGGACAAUCCGGAUGAAGGGACGAAGCCCGUACCUAUCCAUAGCGAGGAGAUUCCUGCUGAAAGCAAAAGCACAGCAAUGACAAAGUGGAAGUGGCCUGAACCGCCCAGCAUGGUUGUGAACAGACUCCUGCAGACUUGGACGAAUGUUCCCGUCGAUCACAUACAAGCAAAGGCCGCAGAGCUUCCCGUCGAUGAUUCUUUGCGAACGCUCACUGAUGCUAUCGCGAUUGAGAACAAAUCCAAAGACGAGAAGGACUGGUUGAAGACUAAAAGUGAAUUGGGAUCCCUCUCUGACGAUGAUGCGCGUCCUUCUAUGCGUCAAAGGGCGAGCGUGCGCUGGGAAAACCCGCCAGCAACUUUCGAAGAACCAUCAAACCUAGGCGAAAUCCCCGAUCCUUUCCAGUAUAUAGAUGAUAGCUGGACGGCCGAGGAAGUGUCAGAUGGUUCAGUUAACCCGUACUAUAGCGAUCCUGAGCAGUGGGUUCCUGAUAAUCCCCAAGUCCGCCGUUCUGCCGUUCCUCCGCCUCAGAACAGGAGAAGGACAAGUACCCGUACGGAUCAGAGCAAAUCUACUCCUUCCAGUAGGCCGCAAUCGCAACCUCGUCGAAGACAGUCACUCCCUCGCUCACGGCCUCAAAGCAUGGACCCCCGGCCUCAGAGCAUGGAAUCUCCAUACUCAUACAGGCAGCACCCUCCCCCUCCUCCCCACCCUCCUCCCCCACCGCCACCAGUCAGUUCAAUCCCUCCUCAAGGGUCGCAAUCAUAUGGUCUGCCUUGGGUCCGAGCACCACCAUCUGAACCCCCGACCAAAAAUGAUCCCUCUUUAACCACGAAGCUGGAAGACAUGCUGGGGAAGUUCGAAAACAUGGUAGACGAGAAGAAAAAGUCAGAGGAAGCCACAAUCCAGAAGGACGACAUCAUACAGCUCUUGCUUGCAAAGCAGGAUGAUUACGAACGCAGAUUGCGAGAACAAGAACGUCCGGUGGCUGAUAAAGGCGGCAUUGACAUGGGACAAAAGAUCUCUGAUCUACAGCAUCUGCUCUUGACACAACAAGAAGAAAGCCGCCUGCGACAGGAAGCUGCAGAAUUGAAAUGGAAAGCAGAGAAGGCAGACUGGGAUGCCAAAGCCAACGAACGUUAUCAGAAAGAGAGAGAACUUGCAGAAAGGGAAAUCGCGGCGGCCCAGGCAGCCAAAAAGGAAGCUCAAAAGGCGUUGAAGAUUGCGAAAGCAGAAGCUGCUGAACGCGCACGAAAAGAAGUCGAGAUCAAAGCUGCACAGGAACGGAAGCGUGUGGAUGAGGUAUUCACGAAACAGAUUGAAAUGUACCGUGAACAGCUUCAACAACUUCGGGUUGAACAAACAAAAAUAGAGGAAGCCAAACAGGCCGAUCGGAUUAAUCAGACGACAGAGCGCCUACCACUGCGACGUACAUGCAUCUCUGAGGGCAACCGCAGUAUCGAGGUUGCAGAGUUUAGUACGGAGAAGCUACACCCCUGGUUCACUCCUUCUCAACUCGCCCCAGGGACCUUCUUCGAAGAGGAGUACCAGCCCGCUGGCUUCAUAGGGCAAGGGAACUAUCGGCAGGACACUGGUCACCGAAGAGGGUCUUCCACUCUAGGAAGUUCGGUAGGUUCUCUCCGCCACAGCGAUUACAGUACAAGCAGAGGAAGUAUUUCCGAGCCAAGGCAACAACUACUUCUUCUGCCAUCAAAUCCUAAUCGACACUCACCCAAGAUUUCCGAACUACAGACGUCGCUAGAAAGGCGCGGAGUGGUCACGUCUCUACCCAGUCCUCACGCCGAGCAUGACGGUGCGUUGAUGAGACAAGAAGCUAUGGGCAAGGACUUGGUCCGAAGCACUGUGUUCUUUGAAGGGCCAUUAAGCUCUUCCGGAAGCGAGUUGUUGCAGACAUUGAGAAGGACUGGAUGGAAGCCUUUCUACAUUCGCGGAUCGAAUACUGGCCAGACGUACCUCCUAGGUAGUCAGCCAGUCCAUGUACACUUUUUCCGACCUGAGUACAAACCUCAAUACGAAGCUCCGGCGGCACCAUGCCCAUCGGAAAAUAUCGUGAUUGGUAAAGACUUGAUCGAAGAAAAGGCACUACACGAUCUUGGAUUUCGUUUCGACGUGAUCGACGACGGGGCGUAUGUCCUGGAUUGCAGAUUGACUUCUGUGGAUGGACAUUGAAACACUGGUCGAGCGAUCGUUCAUGAUUCGUGAAGACGCCUUCCGCAACAUUCAUCGCCAAAUCCAGUGGCAUACGAACUCCGGGGCCGAGACGAUCAUAGGCUCUGCCGAUUCCACAACUGCCUCGAUCACU